UCCAAUGUUGUGGUCAGAGUCUGUAGAGUCGUAUGCUGCAAAUUGUCUUGCACAUGUGGUGAGGCUGUCUUGCUGGCUCUUGAUGCCGUCUCGCGUCCAAAACCGCCAGAGAGGCACAAUACUUACGACCGGCAGUCGCGGCGGACGCGUAUUCCAACGUCCUCGUAUUGUCUCCCAAAUCAGUUUUUUUCUGUUCUUUAAAUUUUAUUUUGUGAUAUGUACUUUUUUGCAGUGAAUUUUCUUGCAUAAUUUUGCAAAUCGCGUUUCUUUGCCGAAAGAAUUUUUUGUGGCGCUCUGCAGGCGCAAAAUUUGGACGAUAGAAUAAAAGCCGAUAUCCUUAAUGCUAUAUAUCAACUCCGGUGCAAUUUUAUUAUUUUUGCACAGUCAAAGUUGUCGAAAGAGACUUCAGUGACACCCACGCAGAGUCUUCAGUCCUUCGCCUAUACUAAAGUGCAGUGUUUAAGUGUCGUUUGGUUUAUUUUAUCUUCAAGUCGAACUGGAUAUUUUCUUGUGGACGUUUUAUGAGCAACAAGCAGAGAGGUGAUCCAAGCGUCUGCAAUUAUUGGUUGUGAGAGGAAAUGAACAUAUGCCAGGAAAAAAAGGAUUUUUCUUGCCAUUUCGGAAUAGAAGAACAGUUUUUCUGUUGUCUCGGAGAUAAAUGGGUUUUUAAUGAAAAAAGUACCCUAUGAUUAAAAGUGACUUAAAUGUGUAAAAUAAAAGGACGUUGUGCAACAGAGUAUUAAAUAGUAUAAUUAGUAAAGAUAGUAUAUUAAGUGUCCAUCAGUUUAUCUCGGUCAUUUACAUACCAAACUAAUCGGUGGAUGCUAAAACGGAAAAAAUAUAGAGCAACAGCUAACGAAAUUGAUGCAAAUAAUAUAUAGUGAGGUUUUUUUUCUAUAUUAUGUUAAUGAUAACCUCGAGGUAGCUCCUAGGCAUUUCUCACUUUCAUUUGCAACAUUUACCUAAUAGUUUUUUUUGUGCCCGAGCAACUGUUUAAGAACCUCAGUCUUGUGGUGAGUAAACAUCUUUGGUGUUCAAUAUAUUGAGGUCAUCGCAAAACUCUUGAUAAAUAAUACAAAAAUCUGUGCACAAAUAUUAAAUUUUCAUUAGUGACUCUGAAUUGUGUGAAAAAACCCGCUCAAUAUUAGAAGAGAUUCAUUUAGAAACGUGCCUUAUGGAUGAAGUCACAUCUUCACAACGGAAUAAAGGAUAAAUCAUUUGAGCAAAUGAUGUGGGUUUAAUACAAAAUUCAACAAAUCACCGCAAGUUAAAUUGAAAUAAACUUUGCAAGAGUUGAACAUUUUUACAAAUAAAUACACAUUUAUAGACUGAGAGUGAUGAAAAAAAGACUUAAGUACUCUAAACUGGUUAUAUUUGAUUUGUGUAAAUAAUAACCUCGUAAACCUAAUUAUCAUAAAAUAAAUUUUUCAUUUGAAGAGAAAAAAAAAGCAAAACCAUGUGCCACGAAUUAUGUGAAAAAUGUAUGAAAAGUGAGAGUAAUUAAUUAAUGUGCAUUCAACAAGCUGUAUGCUAAAUAUUUCAAGCCACUCAACAAUUUUUCCCCCUAUAUAUAUUCAAAAAAUAUAUAGCAUUCGUAUCAACUGUAAAAGGAUUUAUAAAGCCACUCUGCAAGACCUGCAUUUGACAUAGAAAAGAAAAACAGGUCAAAUUGUACAGCGUAGUCGUGAGUUUCUAUUAAGAAAUGGGGUAGCUACUAGUUAUUCAACGUAAUAAAACGCGACACUACUUCUCAUUUGUAGAGCACAUAUUUAUGCUUUCAAAUAAGAAAUGGGCCUCAAUCCUUGACGUUUGUAAAACAACCCAUCCAUGCUGAUGGUGAACACUAGAGUAAACACCUUAAAUGGUCUACUUUCACAAUUGUGCGGAAGAAAAGCACCCUAGAACCAUGAAGUGGUUUAAAAGAAUGCACCUCUUAUCAUUGUUAACUGGAUAUGUGCUGAGCCUAAUAUGUUUAGCAUCAGCGGCGGAUCCCAAAUUUGAUCCGUCCACAAGGAUGCGUCUCGUGUUGGUGCCAGCAGAUGCUGCAAUAGGUAGUGUUAUCUACCGGAUUCGUGCAACUGACGAAGAAUUUGACUACCCAUUGACCUUUGAACUACUUGGAGACUCAUCGUCAUCAACUGUUCAUAUUGAAUCACUGCCAUGUACCAAGUACAAUUCGGUUUGUCAGGCAAAUGUUGUCCUCACGAGACGUCUGGAUCCAGGGAGAUACUAUGACUUUCAAAUCUCAGUUAAGGACACCCGAGGAGGAAUGGCCAUGCAAAGUUGCUCAAUAACAGCAACGAAUUUUACAACCCCACACGAUGUUAUUUUUCCACAUAAACCUGGUAUCAUAAUGGUACCAGAGGACGCGAAACGUGGCACUGAAUUAGAUUAUGUAAUUGCACGAAAGAAUCCUCUUUUCCCAAAGCACGUCUACUUGGAACUGUGGGGUUCUCCUCUGUUUGCCAUCAGACAAAAAAUCGUUCCUCCAGAGAUGACUGAAGGUACAAUAUUUUUGCUCGGACCGCUUGAUUUUGAAAAGCAGUCUAUGUAUCAUCUCACAAUCCUAGCCAAUGAUCCGUACGCUGAACCGGGACAGGAUUCCAGGAAUAUUGCUGGACUGGAAAUUGUUAUAAUUGUGGAGGAUGUUCAAGAUGUACCGCCAAUUUUUACCAUGGCUCCUCCAGUUACACGUCUUCCAAACGGACUUUUGCCAGGAGAUAAGAUUCUCCAAAUUCAAGCUGAAGAUGGAGAUAAGGGUGUUCCUCGUGCCAUUCGAUAUGGACUAGUAUCUGAAGGAAAUCCAUUCACAUCAUUCUUUGAUAUAAAUGAUACAACAGGAGUAAUAUACCUUAUGAGACCGUUGGAUGAAAUAGCUGCUAUAACUCAUAUUGGUGAUCCUGUCCUACUUACGGUCAUUGCUGAGGAAGUUAAAGUGAUGCGAGAUGAACCUCCGGCUAUGGCAACUACCGUUCAGCUAGCUUUUCUUCUUCCAGAACGAGAAAAUUCACCACCGUACUUUGAUAACGAUCACUAUGUAACACGAAUUGAUGAGAAUGCACCUCAAGGGACAGCAUUAGUAUUUAUUGAUCCAUAUGUGCCACGAGUAUAUGAUGCUGACACUGGGAAAAACGGUGUAUUUUCACUAACAUUGCUCAAUAAUAAUGGUACAUUUGAAAUAACUCCAAAUGUUGCAGAACAAAAAGCAAGCUUCCUUAUACGUGUGAGAGAUAAUGCAAUGUUGGACUAUGAGAAGACGCAUUCACUUAUGUUUCAGAUUUUGGCUCAAGAACUCGGUCCUGCUACCAAUCUGUCAGCAACUGUGAACGUUACAGUGUUCCUAAACGAUGUGAACGAUAAUCCUCCCGCAUUUUCGGAGCCGACUUACAUGGCUGAGUUACCCGAAAAUAUGACGAUAGGAACUAGGGUCAUACAAGUUCAUGCAGAAGAUAAAGAUACAGGAGCCGGCGGAAGGGUCCGAUACACUCAAAUCUUAGGGUACCUCAACACAUCCCUGAAUCUAGAUGCAGAAUCAGGACUGAUCACAGUUUCAACUGAAAAUCAUGGAUUUGAUCGGGAAAUAAUGCCAGAGUAUCAUUUCUACAUAGAAGCCAGGGAUGAAGAUGGAACGGGCAAUAGGGCCCAAGUGCCAUUUGUACUAAAAGUACUGGACGUGAAUGAUGAGAUGCCAAUUUUUGAAAAGACUCUCUAUGAGUUCAUCUUGACGAACGAUAUGAGAGGCUUCACUACACCAGCCGUCAUUAGAGCCAUUGAUGGGGAUGCUGAACCCCCAAACAAUGUUGUACGGUACGAAAUAAUCAACGGAAACUACGAAAACAAGUUCCGUCUCAAUGAGGUGAACGGAGAACUCAGUCUUCGAGCACCUCUCCCAAGGAUUGGAAUAAGUUCUGACAAUCUUGGAGAAUACGAACUAACUGUCAGGGCUUUCGACUUAGGGGUCCCUGUUAUGUGGUCAACAGCCAUUAUUAGAAUUUACCCGCCAGAGAGUAGAAAGAGAACCAUGGUGUUUGUUGUCCCAGGACGAGAUCCAGAUCGCCAGAAGACUGAAGAAACUCUUUCAGCCAUUACAGGUGGUCGGGUUACUAUUCACAGUAUUCGACCAUUCACCGGCAACGAAAUGGGUUUGACACCAAUCAAUGGAGACCCCAGCAAAGACAAGAGUGUGGUAACGGCCUUGGUUUUGUAUGACACCAACUCUGUUGUUGACAUCUCUAAGAUACAGAAGAGACUCUCGGAAAGCAACAUAACAGCCGGUAUCAUCAGCUAUGGGGAUGCUGAGUAUACGAGUACACAAAAGUCCGAAAGCCGUUGGUUGUUCUGGAUCCUUGUACUUCUGGCACUUUUGAUAGCCCUCCUCCUCCUAACAUUGAUGUUUUGCUUCAUUUGUUCCUGGUGCCCUCUCUACGGAUUCUCAAAAAAAAGAGUAAUUAGGGUCAGUAGUACAGAAGACGAUGUUCAUCUAGUACAUAGAGAUAAGGGAAACACAAAAGAAACAAAAUCUGUGCAGGUGGCCGAGUGGAUGGGCAGAAGGGAAGCAUGGUCAGCAGAUAAAUCUUCAGAUUCCCGAACUAAACCAACACGUUGGGAAUUCUCCCGGCGACACCACCCUCGUGAAAAGCUAGAUAAUGAUACUCAAGUGCAAGUGGAGCAAACGCAAACUAGUCAAAACAAUCAACGACCCAAAUCCUUUGAGGACAACCGUUCUACGAGAAUUACGCGCGUAAGGAACGAAAUUCGAUCAGCAAAACAGUUGAGAGACCAUCAACAUUCCCAUUCGAAUCUUAUUCACAAAAGAGAUGACUACAUGGAUGAUACAAUACACGAUCAAGACUACGAAAGGAUGAGUGAUAGGCUACAGAAUCAAAUUGAUGAUGAUUCAAUGCGUCGUCAUGAGAUGGAUAGAGGUAGUGAUAUAGCCUACAAUAUGCGUGAAACACUGAGGCAUCCAAUGACUCGGGAAGAUGAUCCUCGGGAGCAGUACUUCAUCAAAGAUGGUAAUGCAGAAAUCCUUCGUCUUGUAACCCGUGGAAAGGCCAAUGCAGAGAACAUCUACAUGAACCUCCCACAACGCCAAAUGGAUACGCAACAUCCCCAGUAUAUCGUAGUGGACAAUGGCGGAGGAGGCAAGGAAAUCCUAAUGAGGAGGUAUAUUGAAGAACAGGCCAAUGGUAAACAAAUCAUCAGAGAACACUACCAAGUUGUACCAGAACCAAGCUUCGUGCAAUCAAUCCCCAAUGAAGUUGUGCAGCAACAAGUACCGAGGCAGAUGGCCCAUGUUCAGAUGAGAGAACAAGACGGAGGUAGCGUCCAACUGGAAAAGGAAGAUCAAAUGCUACAUGCAACUUCACAUCAUUCCCUAAUCCAGCAAGAACUGGAGAAUUCCCUUAAGCAGCAAAACGCCCUGUUGAGGCAAAUCCUGCUAGAGAAGGAGAAACUAGAAGCUAGGUACAAUCAACAGGAAGCCGUCCUAGAAACUCAGAGCCUACCCUGCAAUUCCAUGAAUAUAGCAACGCAAACGGAUGUUAAUGCAGGAACCCAGACCGAACCCGAAUUUCAGAAAACACGGGAACGUCGACGAACCAGAAGUGAGAACGAUGACUCAAUGUCAGACGAUGACUAUGAGUAUGUCAGAUAUAGUCCACCAGAUUCCCCACAUGGGGUUUACUGGAUGAAACGAAAGUGUCAUAAAAAGAGGUCAAAGACUCGAUCGGAUGUAGAUAAUCGACAUAGACGUGUGAUCAUGGUUAGUGCUGUGAAACGGAAAAUCCGUACGCCUAUCCAGGAGGAGAAGGAAGAAUCCAAUUCACCUCAGCAAAGUGAGGAUAACAGAAGUAGUAAGCAGUACAAGAACAAAUCAGUAGUUGUAUCUCCUCUCAAUAAAUCCCUACUGGUUGAGAUAACCGAAUCACUGGAUGAGAAGAAAAUUGUUCCUAAAGUUCAGCAGAGAAUGAAGAAGUACAGUAGCAGUAAGUCUCCACUCAAGAAGGAACCGAAUAUUAAAUCUGACGCUGAAUCUUCAGAAAAUGAAAUUGUCGUACAUCACUAUUCAGCUGAGAGUUUAGAUGAGAAAUCGGACGUUGAGGAGGUUGAAAUAAAGUGCUCAAGACGGAGGGAUCCGAGAAAUAUUGUGUUUUCACGUCGAGAGUCACUAACGGACAUCAAUAAGGAUCUAGCCCUUAUUGAUGCGCUGGAAACUGAGAUUGCAAGGAAAGCUAGGCGUCAAGCGUCAUCGCAACAGAGCGCUAGUGAUCCUAAUGAUAGUACGAGGUUAUCCCGUUCGGAGCAUAAGAAGACGAAGGGAACGAGUCAGCAGCGGAGACAAACAGCUUCUGAACCACCUCAAAGUAGGAGUACGAAAGGACCAGCUCCCAAGCCUCCUGAUCAGAAGCGGAAUCAGAAGAAGACGUCCACUGAGGGAUCCAAAACUCUCAGUGAAACGGACAUGUUGAAGAGGAUCAACGACGAAGCUAUUGAUAUAUCCAAGCCCCAAUCGAAGUACAUGGAUUGGUACUACAACCUCGACAAGGAUGACAGUGUACGAUCAGACAAGUCUCGAGGUAAAGCCGUAGUGAAGAAAACUGCACCGGGUAUUGAUAAGGCCAAAAAGAAGACUUCACCUCUAAGUGCGAGAUCUGAUAAGAUACUCGAUACUUCGACCAAGCAGGAUCAGUCCCAACGGAAGGAUCCGCGUUUGCUCAAGGAAGACAUCCAGAAAGCCCGGAAUCUUCAGCAAAAGAAUCAAGAUGAUGCCCCACCUACCCAACUUGGACACUACUUGUAUCCACAAACACCACCCCAAGUGGCACAAAAAUCUCAAAAGAAAUCUUCUUACAAGAACCAAUCCUCUCCCAUCCGAGAAAGUGAAGUUAAAGACACUAAGUACAAACCAUACAAUGUAGAUGAGUCUAAGCAAUUGAAUGUGGCAACUCUUGAAGAUGAUCAUGAUUCUGGAAUUGCCAUGAAUUCAUUCCUCAACAGUAUGGGCCGUAAAAAUCCCAUAACUGACAAGAAGAGUGUAUUCACAAUUGCCUAUGAUGAGGUCAAAGUAAGUAAGUUACGAUCGGAAAGUGAAUCAUCACCAGUUUCAUAGUCUUUCUAUCCUUAUAUUCCCUAUCUUUGUUUUGUGUCAUUAUAAAAUUUACUGACAAAAAAGAAACAUUAAAUAUAAGUGAAUAGCUCAGUUGUUGUCUUCCCUUUUUGAAAUGAUACAUUUUUUAAUGCCAUGAGUUGUUCAAAAAGAAAAUAUAUGCAAACAAAAAAUUGCAGUGCACGGUUAGUUACCAUCAGUUAUUUUCUACAUUGAUAACGACAACUAUUUUGCGUAUUGAAUUUACGUUCCUGUUGACACACUCUUUUCCGAACAAUUGUAUAUUAAUUAAUUAUAAAUAAGGAGACAACACUCUUAAUAUUUAUGUAAAUUGUGAAUUUUAUAUUUUAUAUUAUGUGUUAAUAUCUUGGAAGAUAUACCAGACUGCCACUUAUUGAAGAAUAAAUUAUACAAAAGUGCAAUUACACAUAAAAAAUUAGCAAUAAAUGGUAAUUAUAAUGCGA